AUGAACAAACAGCCGACGUCUGAGGAUAUAUUUGGCUGCCAAGCUGCAUUGUAUGAAUGGGCUGAAAGCUAUGAUUCUAAAGACUGGGAUCGUUUAGCCAACUGCGUUGCGCCGGUUCUGCGCGUUGACUAUCGAGCUUUUCUGAACCAGCUCUGGGAGGCAAUGCCUGCAGCUGAAUUUGUCUCCAUGGUCUCCAGUCCACACUUUUUGGGCAAUCAGCGACUCAAAACCCAGCACUUUGUCGGCGGCGCCUCCAAAUGGGUUCAACUGAAUGACAGCGAAAUCGCAGGUUAUCACCAGAUGCGUGUGGCUCAUCAAAAGUAUGCAGACGAUGCGCUGACGGAAGUGGCUCUCAAGGGGCAUGGACACGGCAAAGCUACUAUCUGGUAUCGAAAGGUAGAUGGAGUGUGGAAAUUUGCUGGGCUCGAGCCGGGUGACCGCUGGGGCGAGUUUGAUUACGACAAGAUAUUUCAUCCAGAAUAG